AUGGCAGAGUGUUUUAUGUGCAGCUUAGGCUGGAUUAUAAAGUACUACCUGUACGCCUGUGCCGCCUGUUUCGGUAUCUUCGUGCUGCUAACCAUCUUUUCGAAGAUUGGCCAACGAGGUAGUAAGUUUAAGUACUACAGCAAAUAUGGCAUGAUCUACUUUGCGACCCAAUCGCUCACUACGCUGUUUGUCCCGUUUUCAUCGCUUCGGCCCCGCAACAUCGAUAAUUGCAGAAUUAUUGCCACGGUGGUAUCGCGUUGUUCGAAAAUCCUUGGCAUUACGUGGGAGCUCCGGAAUGCACAGAUUCUACGGCAAGCCAAAGGUGCGAUCGUUCUCACGAACCACCAGUCGUCGAUGGAUAUAUUGGGUAUGAUGAUACUUUGGAACAUUCUUCGGAAGGUGGUACCAAUCGCAAAGCUGGAACUGCUCUUUCUCUUCCCGUUCGGGCCAUGCGCUUGGCUGGGCGGUGUGCAGUACAUCAAUCGCAAAAAUCGCCCGUCCGCGAUGAAGACGUUCGAUCGCUGCAAGCGCAUGAUGACAGAGGACGGUGCGAAGAUGUACAUCUAUCCCGAGGGUACCCGGUAUCCCGAGCGUGGCAUGCUUCCGUUCAAGAAGGGCGCAUUCCAUACGGCCAUUGAAGCGCAAGUCCCCAUAAUUCCGGUUGUGUUCUCGCACAUGUACUUCAUCCAGUCAAAGAAACACAUCUUCGACGAUGGACAUGUGAUCAUCGACACACUCGAGCCUAUCCCGACGGUCGGUUUGACGAAGGCUGAUCUAGACCAGCUGAUCGAUCGGACACGCAACGCUAUGCUGGCUAAGUACGAAGAACUCAACCGCGAAAUUGAUGCGGGCUUGAAGAACCCACAGUGGGUGAAACAGGACCGACCAAGGUUCAAGGUGUACGAAGGUAAGAAAACAAACUGA